UUCUCUGACCACUAAAUAUAUUCAAACAAAAAGGGUUGAAUAAACUCAACCAAGUACCAACCCGCAUACAAAUCGACAAAUUUGACAUUUAAUAUGGUUCUUAUUAUUAUGAUCGAAUAUACCCUUUUUCCUACAUCAACAUAUAUAACCUUCAACCCCUUUUUCGAUCUCCCUACAUUCACCGGAAUUUUCUAACAAAAAAUCGGAACAUAUAGCUCAAAAACGGUAUUGGGGUGUCCCAUCAACUAAAAGUACUAAUAACCGAAGAAAAUACCGAGAACUAACGUUGUACCACCAAUUAAGUGCGUACCAGCAAUUAAAGGUUGCGAGUCCAAGUCUCAUUUGCAGUCGUUUGUUGAAAAAAAAUAACUACGACCACGAUGGGUGCAAUACGUUUAAUGGGUACAUUGAGGCCAUCUCGAACCAUUUACACCACGUCCUCAUUGCAAACACGGUUAAAUUUAGUUAAAAUGAAGUGUAUGAGCAAUGCUAGUGGGUUUAACAUAAUAGAGAAAAAUAAAAUCGUCAGAUGUGAUGGAGAAAGAAAACAAGUGGUGGUGUUAACCAAGGCCGCCACCUGCUCUGAGGUGGCUCUGAAGUACUACGAUGUGCCUACACAAACCGAAGUAAGUAAAGUACUAGUCGACGUGGCUACUGUGGUUGUGAUUGUAAGAAUUGCGGUCUUGCAGAGGCUAAGGAUGGUUACAAGAUACAGGUCAUUAUGGAGAACAGCUGUUCAAAUGUAUAUCGAAAAGGCGAUGAUUGAUUGCCGGUUUUUCACUAUGUUUGCUGUAGGAGGAACCUUGCUCGGUUCUGUUUUGUGCUUUUUGGAGGGAACAUAUUUGGUUGUGGAAUCGUAUAUGCAAUAUUUUAAAUCUUUGUCACACCAUUCCGACCAUGGGCAAGUUAUGCAGCUCCUAAUUGAAGCAUUAGAUAUGUUCUUGGUUGGAACCGCGAUGCUCGUGUUUGGAAUGGGAUUACAUGUCAUGUUCGUGGGAUCAUCACAUAGAUCGCAACUUCCGACUUCAAACAUUUUUGGAAAUUUCUACAUGAAGGAGUGAAAUCGGCCACCCAAGCAAAGUCGAUGAUCGGGUAUGCUUUGAUGUUGUUGCUUCAAGUCGGAGUGUUGGAGAAAUUCAAGAGUGUGCCUUUGGUAACUGGAUUGGAUCUAGUGUGUCUUGCCGGGGCCGUAUUUGUUUCAUCAGCCGGUUUAUUUAUACUUUCAAAACUUAAUGUAGUUGCCUGAAUUCAAUAGAUAUAGGAUCCUUUUGGUUAAUAGAAACACACAAGUAAAACGCAAAUAUGCAAUUCUUCAUGGGACAUGGAUCAAUUUUGUAGAUAGGUUAUAGUUUAUUUUUGUAAAAUUUGGAAAAUUGUUCACGAAUAUUGUUGGUAUUUAUAGAUACAUGAGGUAUAUUUGAUUA